AUGUGUGAUGGUUGGACAGAUAGUGUAAAUCAUACACAUAUUAUGAAUUUUCUAGUGUAUUGUAGCAAGGGAACGAUUUUCUUGAAAUCUAUUGAUGCUUCUAAUGUUGACAGUAGAAAUACUGAUUACUACUUUCAGUUAUUGGAUAAGGUUGUGGACGAAGUGGGAGAAGAAUUUGUAAUUCAAGUUGUUACAGAUAAUGAAAAAGCACUUAAAGCAGCUGGUCAAAAGUUGAUGGAAAAGAGACAACAUUUAUAUUGGACUGCAUGUGCAGCACAUUGUUUGGAUCUUUGUUUGGAGGAUAUAGGAAAAAAAAAGAAUGUGCAAAAGUUAUUAAGUGAUGCAAAAGUAGUAACAACUUUUAUCUACAAUCACACAUGGAUUGUAAAUCUCAUGAAAAAAUACACUGGAGGUAGAGAAAUUGUUCGUCCUGGUGUUACCCGAUUUGCAACACAAUUCUUACAACUUCAAGCAAUUGUGCAACAAAAGCAAGGCUUGAGGAACAUGUUCAACUCAGAAGAAUUUAGACGAUCUAAAUUUGGAAGAGACAAAAAUGGAUUGGCAUUUGAAGCAAGACAAAUUGUUAUUGGCAAUGAUUUUUGGAGCAAGGCUAAUGAUAUAUUGAAGGUAUUUGAGCCUUUAGUAAAAGUUUUGAGGCUAGUUGAUGGUGAUGAGAAACCAACAAUGGGUUUUAUAUAUGAGGCAAUUGAUCGAGCAAAACAAUCAAUUCAAAAAAGUUCUCGUUAUUAUUCUCAAUACCAAGAAAUAAUUGACAAGCGUUGGAGAUUCAUGCAUUCUGAUCUUCAUUCUGCUGGGUAUUUUCUUAAUCCACAAUUUCAAUAUGGAGUUGAACAUGGAUCUGAUGUGUAUCGAGAGACAUUUGAAGGAACCAAAAAGGUCAUUAUGAAAUUGGAGAGAAACAUGGAUGAUCAAAUUAAAGCUUUAAACUCGUUGGUAUUGUUUAAAGACAUGGGUGAAACAUUUGCUACACCUCAAGCUCAAAGAGCUUGGUCUAGAAUGAAUCCAGCUGAAUGGUGGUUGAUGUUUGGUUCAUGCUCUCCUGAACUUCAACGUGUGGCUAUUAAAGUUUUAAGUCAAACAACUUCAGCCACAAAUUGUGAAAGAAACUGGAGUACGUUUAGCUAUAUUCAUACAAAGACAAGGAAUAGGCUUAAGUACAAAAAGUUGCAAAAACUUGUCUUUACACAUUACAACAUGAAAUUGAAAAUGAGGCAUCAAAUGAGAAAAAGUCAAGAAGAAAUUGAAUCAAGUUUCAAUCCAAUUAAUCUUGAUUAUAUAUUUCGAGAAGAUGAUCCAUUAUCUGCAUGGAUAGAAGAAAGAGAAAAUCCACUUUUAGAUGGAGUUCAAAAUUCAGAGUGGUUGCCUCGAAUUGAUACAGAUGAUGAAGAUGUGGAAGGUGGAGAUAGUGAUAAUGAUGGUGGUGACUUAAGCCCACCAAGUAAUAAUAGUGGUGAUGAUGGUGUUGAUAUUGAAGGUGAAGAAAAUGAUGGUGAGGAUGAUGAGGAUGAACAAAGACAAAAUCAUCCAUAUCAAGAGAUUCCAUAUAAUAGGCGUGAUACAAAUCUGGUAACUGAUUUCACUACUUCUAUGCCAGGUAUGAUUCCUCCCGAUCGUUCAUUUUCAGGUGAUAAUAGAAGAGAUAAUUCACAAAAAGUAGUCAAGGGUACUAUCCACCAUCAGUUUAUCAACAUCCUUAUUUUAAUGCAUACAAUCAAUAUGGAAGUGACCAAGUUCCCUCAUACCACCAACCAUCAAUGA